AUGGAUGACGCGCCUGCAAGAUCUUCAUCUGCAUCGAGGAGUCGGCGGUCUCAGGCAUCUUCCUCUCGUGAGGAGGAGGCACGUGAGGAUGAGGAGAAGGAACGGGCGACCAUAAAAUUCGUGAACCAUGCGCGAAAAAUAUUUGAUCUGUUUAAACCACAUGCUCAGUGGUUUAAUGAUGUUGUAGUUGGGAGCGGGCUUGGCGGGUUAUGCAUGACCAGAUAUAGUACCAUCAGCCACGACAUGCAGUGGGCAUUUGCUGAAAGGUGGCACAAGGAGACUUCGUCUUUCCACCUUCUUGUUGGGGAGUUGAUGAUCACCCUCCACGAUGUUACCUGUCUGCUCCACCUACCGAUCAGAGGGAGGUUAUUGGACCAUUCUGGGAUACAGCGGGUUGAGGCCAUCGAGUGGAUGGUGGAUUAUCUGGGUAUGGACCCAAAUAUGGCGGAUUAUGAGUGCGGAGUGACGAGUGGGGCGCAUAUCCGAUUCUCCAGCUUGAAAGAUCUUUAUGAGAACCACUUGGUGGAGGCAGCGGAGUCCGAGGAGGAGGGUGACGGGGUUUUGUUGAGUAUCACCGUGGUUGCGCUCUACGGUGUUGGUUCAUGUUCUUGGUAG